CGUCGCGUGUUCCGCGCGCUGCUGCUGAAUGUCCAGAGGAGCCACCAGAUGACGUCCGCGGCCGAACUGCGAGCUCGCCAGGCUCUGCUGCGCCGCUCACUGGACAGGUGGCGCCACCACCGCGCCCUGGCAGCCGCUGAGCGCGUGGAGGCCGCCCAGCACUGGCGCGAAUCCCGUCUGGCCGCCUGGGCCCUGCGUCGAUGGAGAAGGUACGUGCACCAGCAGCGGCUGAAGGAGCAGGCGGCGGCUGACCUGAGCCAGCUGCAGCGGGUGCAGGCCGCCUUGCGGACUUGGCAGGCCAGUGUGGCGCUGGCCCGGGUCCGACGCCGACAGAAGAUGCACCGCGCCCAGCUCUGUCACGUCAGGUGA